AUGUCUCUUGUCAUUGCUCGUUCAGCCAAGAAGGAGCCUAUAGAACCUAUCUCGCCAACAGAUUCCGAUCUUGAGAAGAAGACUCCAAUCAGCGUAACACGAAUUCUAUCAUCUACAGAAAAGUCAGACCUCGGCGAUGGAUCUGACAAACAUCGAUUCUGGUUCCAGCGGUCUAAAGGCGAUACCUCGAACGUCAUCGCUACCCAGCCAUCGGUCUUCGAUGACCCGGAGUUAGCAGAAGAAUACAGACCUCGACCAGAUUGGGAAAACAUCCAUCGGUUCGAUCCAUCGGCGAGAUGGACAUGGGGUGAAGAGAACAAGGUUGUUCGGAAGAUCGAUCUUCGUAUUACCUUAUGGGCUUCUGUAAUGCUUAUGGCAAUGGAGCUUGAUCGAUCCAAUAUCCAACAAGCCAAUGCGGACAACUUCUUGAACGACUUACGCCUAACUCGAGAUGGGAACACGAUUCACAGGCUAUGCUACCUUCUCGCCGAAGUACCUGCACAGAUCAUGGCAAAAUGGCUCGGCGCCGACAGAUGGGUUCCUAUUCAGAUGACAUCGUGGUCGACCAUCGCUCUGUGCCAGUUCUGGCUUUCUGGAAGGACUUCCUUUCUGUGCACAAGGGCUCUUCUGGGGUUGCUAUCCGGGGGAUUUGUGCCAACGAUGAUCCUCUACCUUUCCUACUACUUCAAACACCACGAGCUUUCCAUACGACUCGGCUUCUGGUAUACAGCAUCUUCUUUUGCGGAUAUCCUGGCUGGGUUUUUCGCUUUCGGGAUUCUGCACCUGCGGGGAGUUGGUGGUCGUGCUGGUUGGCGUUGGCUUUUCUUGAUUGAGGGACUACUCACCUUGACGCUUGGUCUCCUUGCUUUCAUCUUCAUGCCACCGUCACCAACACAGACAGCGAAUUGGGCCCGGGGCAAGAAGGGAUGGUUUACAGAGAGAGAGGAGAUUAUCAUGGUCAACCGUAUCAUCAGAGAAGACCCCAGCAAGGGUACCAUGCAUAAUCGCCAGCCGUUGACCCUCAAACUUAUUUGGCAGAGCUUCAAAGACUACGAUCUAUGGCCCUUGUAUAUCAUUGGACUUUUGUUCAUUAUACCUAGUACAACAAUAUCCCAAUACUUUACCUUGCUCUUAAAAGAUUUUGGAUUCAGCACUUUUAAAGCGAUUCUACUUUCCAUACCAUACAACGCGAUGGGCGCUGUGACCCGAGUAGCCCUUGUCUACGGAGCUGAGGCCUUCGAGUCCCUUGCGUAUAUGGGCAUUUUAGCCCAGCUUUGGAUGCUGCCAAUUCUCCUUUAUAUGAAUGCGGUUAAUUUCAGCCAAACCAACAAAUGGGUCGCAUGGACAGUACUCACACUGAUGCUUUCUUUUCCAAACCCCCAUGCGCUUCACGCUGGGUGGAACUCUCGCAACUCGAACAGCGUGCGAACGCGGACAAUCGCAGCCGCAUUAUAUAACAUGUCGUCGCAGACGUCUCAAAUCAUUGGUUCGAACAUAUACCAGGACUCGGAUGCUCCUCGCUAUGUCGUCGGAAACAGGACGCUGCUCAUCCUAGUUUGCACGAACAUCGUCCUCUAUGCAUUGACCAAACUAUACUAUGUGAUGCGGAAUCGCCGCCGGGAUAUGAAGUGGCAGGCCAUGACAGAAGACCAACGAGUUGACUACGUUGCAACAACACAGGAUCAGGGGAACAAAAGACUGGACUUCAGAUUUGCGCAUUAA